AUGACGGCCGAGGAAAGGAGUGCCGUGAAGGACGAGUUCCCCGUGGGCAUGCGCGUUCUCGCCGUCGAUGACGACCCCACUUGCCUGAAGGUGCUGGAGAAUCUCCUGGUCCGUUGCCAGUACAAUGUCACGACGACGACUCGAGCGACCACGGCACUGAAGUUGCUAAGGGAGAACAGAGACAAAUACGACCUGGUUAUCAGCGAUGUUCACAUGCCGGACAUGGACGGAUUCAAGCUUUUGGAGCUCGUGGGCCUCGAAAUGGACCUUCCCGUCAUUAUGUUGUCCGCAAAUGGUGAGAGACAAGCUGUGAUGAAGGGGAUAACUCAUGGUGCUUGUGACUAUUUGCUGAAACCAGUGCGGAUGCAAGAACUAAGGAACAUAUGGCAACAUGUAAUUAGGAGGAGGAAGUCUGCUGGUGUUCAAAACAAUAAUGUCAACAAUGAGGAGGAUAGCCAGAAAGAUCAGGUUACAGAUUCCGAAAGUAGUCAGUGGGUCAAGGAUCACAAUGAAAGACCCAAGAAGAGGCACAAGGAUCAGAAUGAAGAAAAUGAUAGCGAAGAAAACAUGCAAGAAAAUGAAACUUCAUCCUCUCAGAAAAAACCUCGAGUUGUUUGGUCCAUUGAGCUGCACCGAAAAUUUGUUGCCGCUGUUAAUCAAUUGGGCAUUGACAAAGCUGUACCCAAGAAAAUACUUGAUCUUAUGAAUGUUGAGAAUUUGACAAGAGAAAAUGUUGCAAGCCAUCUACAGAAGUAUAGGCUGUAUCUGAAGAGGCUCAGUGCUGUGACGGGCCAGCAUGCUAGUGUGGCUUCUGCUUUAAGAUUCAGAAACUUAUCCUGUGUGAAUAUGGAAUCACUGGAUGUUUUCAGGAAUUAUCAUGCACUGGGACGAUCUCGACAGCUGCCAUCACUUACAUCUCUCCAACCAAAUGGAAUGCUGGAUAGAGUUAAUGGUCCAUCUGUACCUGCAGGGCGUGUGCCUUACCAGGCUGUUGAAGAUGGUCACAUGUAUCAUGGCACAAGCAAUCCACUUAAUGACUUGGGAAAGCAUCAGGACAUCAGAUUAACAAGAAAUUCUCAAGCAAAUCUGCUUCAUGGGGUGCCAACAUCAUUUCAGUCAGGACAAUUGCACCAGCAAAAGGUAGUCCAGGAAGCAAAUAGCAGCUCCAUUGCUGGAUUAUCUAGCAGUGGACUGUCUGCCAGUCUUUGUGGCAGCUCUAUUGCUAAUGUGGCUAGCAACUUCCCAUUACUGCAAGCAAAUAAGCAGCACCUGGAACAUGGAGGAUUAGGCGAUUAUUCCUCGGUUACGAUGCCUUUAUCGAGUGCAGACCCUUUUGAUGACCUUCAAGAUUUGUCUCAGCUUCCUCAUAUUGGUAUACCUAAUGUAACAUGGCAAGAUGCUGUUUUAUCAACCGAGCAUUCUGCCAAUGCAUUGCCUGGAUGUGCCCCAUUUAUUCAUGAAAGCUUAUCUCUUUGUCAAAGUGGAGGAGAUAAUUCACUGCAAAGUCCACUAGCGGGCAAUAAAAAUCAUGGUAAAUAUUUCAGCAAUGUGGCAGUGACACCAUUGACUGCUACACAACACCAAGUUAAUUUGUUUGGUGGGAACAUGAUGAUUAUGCCGGCUGGUAGUGAUGACAACCCAAACAUCAAAAGUCUGGGCAAUUAUAGACAGGAAUGGCAUCAUACAUUUGAUCCUAAUGCCACAUUGGGUUCUUCCUUGUGCCCUUCAUUGCCACAUCUUGGGGUAAAUGAAAAAAUAUUGCAGCAUCAGACAUCAGAGAGCAGCAUCCAUAACAAAAUGAUGGGUGCCAUUGAGACGGGCCAAGCUUUUGGUGUUCCAUCCCUCCAAUAUAAGUGCAUGCUCGAUAAGUCAACUGUGGAGAUUCAGCUGAAUUAUAAGGAUGACUAUGGGUCAGAGAACAACAAAUCGUGCAGUCGUGUCACUUCUCCUGGUUGUAGCUAUGGCAAUAUUGCAGAUGUCAUGACCAAGCCUGAUGAUAGCAAUGAUGCUACAUCAGAAUAUGGCAGCACUAAGAUGUGA